AUGGAUAAAGGAAUAGAGAGUUUAAAAGCAGAAGAACGUUUUAUAUUUCCAGGAGAACAGGUACCUUUCAGUGAUAAAGAUAAGACAAAGUUACAAAUUGGCCACGGUUUAGCUUAUUUUUAUCAAGCAGAUAAGCUUUUUGCAACUCAAACAGGUUGGUUAAAACAGCCAACAAAAAAGAAAAUCUCUAUUAAUUAUAAUAGAGGAAAAUAUAUACCAGUUAUUGGUGAUUCAGUCAUAGGACAAGUUAUGAUUCGACAUAGUGAAGGAUAUAAAGUGGAUAUAGGAAGUAUUCGUCAAGCACAAUUAGGAAUACUUGCUUUUGAAAAUGCAACACGUAAAAAUAGACCAAAUCUUCAAGUAGGAUCACUAGUUUAUGCCAGGGUUAUCUGUAUAGAUAAUGAAACAGAACCUGAAAUAGAAUGUGUUAAUCCAUUAAACGGAAAAUCAGUGUACGGAGAGUUAAAAGGUGGAUUUCUUGUUCAUAAACUAUCAUUUCAUUUAUGUAGAAAAAUUCUCGAAAAAGAUCAUCCUUUUCUAUCAAUUUUAGGCGCGUCAAUACCAUUUGAGGUUGCAAUUGGAUCAAAUGGAAGAAUAUGGAUACAUAGCGAAAAUCUUGGUAUUACAAUUACUUUAGCCCAAGCAUUUAAAAAGUGUGAAUAUUUAAAUGACAACGAAAUGAUCAAAGUAUGUGAAGAGACUAUCAGAGAAGCACAUAAAUGGAUGCAUCAUAAUAUACCAUAUGAACAAAAAAAUAAUUAAUAAAAAAUAUCAAUUAUAGUCGAUAAAUAUAUAUUGUAAAUCUUAAA